AUACAAAGGGUCUGUAACUUAAAAGUCAAUGAACAGCAAGCAAAAAAAUGGGAAAUAAAAAGAGAGGAAAACAGUCUCUAUCUCUAAUGGGGAGUAGAUAAGACUGACACGGUAGAAAGCAAGCAUGAUUGAUGGGUGUUCGAAGUCCUUCUUUUGGACCUACAGUAUUUCAAAUUAAGGUUGACGUAUGUGUGGUGUAGACAGAUUGAGGGGCACUUUUCUUAAGAUGUAGAUGUUAGGAGAUUGAUCGUUUAUCCAGAGGACAAAUCUGUGUGGCUGUCGGAGCUUUGUGAGUAGGUCCUACACACAUAAUUGGUAAAGUAAAAGCAAACAAGGAAAUUGACAGGAGGUCCAAUCAGAGGGGCCCAGAGACUCCCAUCUAUCUUCUGCUUGAUUCAUAGUCCCGCCCACCUGCAGCAUAUAUAGUGGCAUGGCAGAAGGUCUUCUAGAGCCUUUUCUGUUGAUACAGUGAUAGCUGAUGCUGAUUAGAGAUAUUUGGCCCCUGAAGAGCAUCUGUGAAACUUUGCUGUGACUCAUUUUUCUCCUGCCUGCUGCCUGUGACUGUCAAGUCCCCCGUUGACAGAGCCUCUCCAUUCCUCUCAUUGACUUUGACUGCUCUCUGACCACUGAGUACAGUAGGACACUUUCUCUUUAACUCCUAGGUAUGUAUGCGUAGAUGUUUACAUUGAAUAGCUUUUCUUAUUUUUCAUGUCCAUGUUGAAGAGAUGUGUUGUUUCAGUAUUACUGUUUCACUUUUCCCCAUGAGAGCCAGCAGGUCCACUUGUGUCCCUGGCAAGAGACUCUUUUAAUCAGUCUCAUGGGUCUUACCAUUUUAGCUUAUUAAAGCUAAAGCUCUUUUAUACUGUAAUGCUAUGUCAUUCAUUCAUGUUGUUUGUUUAGUUUUACUUGUUGUAUUCUUUACUUUCUUGACUUUGAAGACAAAAAGUUCUGUCAUGUUCAAAGUGAUUGUUAGGCUUUAUUUGUUGUCUGUAUAAAGACCAUGGAUCCAAAAACAUAGAUAACUUUCACUGAUUACAGUGUCCUGCUCUUACCCUGAAUACUUGUGUGUGUAUUUUUUGCCUCUGAAAAACAUGGAGGAGGUGGUGUGGAGGGAGGGAGGGAGAGAGAGAAGGAUAUCUUUAUGUUCUUUUUGUGAGUGUAUGUGGGUAGAGAGGGUGGCACAUCUCUUAUCCUGUUUUUGGCAGUGAUAAGAGCAGCUUAGAGUGUGGGGCCCCUAGGAGCCGAGCGUGUUUGUGUAGGGGGGAAAAAACUCUCUCUGAGGGACUUCUAAAAGGAUGUCAUUUGUUUUUCGGGUGAUAUGAUACCAGAAGCAUGUGUCUGUGUGUGUGAGCAAAGCCCUUCUUUUUUUUCACUUGGAGUACUUAUGGGAUUGCCUAUAUCUAUAGUACCAUUGAGUGGUUGGUAUUUACUGGUUCUUUUAGGGAAAAUAUGAAGGUUUGUUGAAUUGAAUGGCCUGAUAAAAUGAGAGACUCAACUAAUAUGUAAUGUAUAAGCUGUAUUGAGUUUACUUACUUCAUCAUGAAUUGAUGUAUUAAAAUAGAUUACACUUUGUAGAUAUAGGCUGGGUGUUGUUUUCAAAUCUAUUUCUUUUGCUUUGGACGAGUUUUAACUUUUGCAUUCCAUAGGUCUUCCAGCAGUUUCUUUGAGCCUAGUGUGAUCUGGAGAGAGCAAGAGAGAGAGAGAGAAAGAGAAAGAGAGGGAGAGAGAAAGUGGAGUGAAGAGAGAGCGAGAGAGUGAGAAGUGCUUCAGUACUUUUCCAUUAGCAGAGGCGCAGAGCACAUAGAGGAAGUGAAGGUCCUGAAACAGUCCUCACUCUCUUCAGGCAAAGGUGUACAGCCUCUGACAUGUAGCGUUAGAGUCAUUAUUGUCUGUCAUUGGCUCUGUUUGUCUCACCACAUACACCCAUAGUCACUCAGAGAAUUUUGGACUGUGUUUGUGUGUGUGUGCGUGCAUGUGUGUGUGUGUGUGUGUGGUGUGCGCGCGCGUAUGUGUGUGCGUGUGUGUAUGUAGUAGAGCAGACAGAGGCAGUAAUGUGAUCGUUCUGAUCCACUCCGUCAGUAACCUGGAUCAGCUGUCUGAGUGGAAUAAUAGGCUUGCCAGUUCAUGUGACAACUGUGUUGCACUGGUCUGUUGCAAUAGGAAAAGUACUGAAACCUUCUCCUUGAAAGAAGCUUUUGUUUAGGUGAUUGAAACAGGCAAAUCUGUCUGGAGGAACCCCAAAAUAAAAGCUGAUCUAGUGAAAUGUAACAUGUAAAUAUAUCAGUAUAAAAUGUACAACUUCAUAUAAUACAGCCACAGCAAUAUAGAAAUUAUACUUAUAUACUUUAAAAAUAUAAAUAAGAUAUUUAUCUAGUGAUAGUUGUGUGUGAGUGAGUGUGAGAGGCCUGGGGAGGUAUAGGGUGAUCUCUUUAUGGGCUGUGCAUGGUAACUGGAAAGAGCUAAAUGGCCUCUACUUGAAGGUUUUAAGAAAAAGACCCUCUCUGGUCUGGUCCCAGCCCCGACCGGCCCCACAGCUCAUUGCAAUGAAUGCCACAUUGUAAGAAUUUUCCACUUGCCGUUUGUCUUCAAAGUUUUUUGUAAACACAGGAGGCGGCAGCACGUACUGUAAUCUUUUUUUCUUUUUUUUUCAAGCAUCUGUUAGCUUUUCACCCUGCCUCUCCCUCUCCCUCAUAUGUGUGAACGAGACAGCGCACAUUGGUGUAGCAUAAAUGACUCGUCUGAGAUUUUUUGCACACCAAAAGUGCUUCACCAGAAGCAUGUGUAAUAUAGUUGUGAAAUGUGGAUUUGGGGGGAGGGAGGGGAGAGAGAGAGAGAUGGAAAGGCAUGGAUAACUUUGUGGCUGUGUGUCACAUAAUGAAUGGAAAUGUGUACUCAAACUGUCUGGACCAAACUAGAGCAGCUGUGUCUCUCGUGUCUCGUCUGUGUCUGUCUUGCCUUGCCGUUCGUGUUUUGAGGCCACAUGCGAGGAAUCAAUACAGACUGGCUGCGUACAACUGACCUGUUAGAUGUCGCCCCUCCAGUUCUACAACUCACACCAGCCUGGGGAAUAUCUCCCCGGCAUCAGAACUCUGGCUGCUAACACACACACACACACACAAGUAUUACUUUUAACACGUUGGUGGGCUUUCUUUGCCCUUCUCAAGGGUAUAGUACAUGGCAUCGGAUGCCCCAUCAGGUUGGCGUCAAGGUCGACUGUGUGUGAGUAUGAGAGUGUUUCGUCCAUUGGUCAGUCGGUCACUGGCAACGGCUACUCUGAUGAAGAUCAAAUGCUUCGCAGCCUUUCCUGAGCUCAGUGCUAGGAGCUUUAUGGUGCACAGCUCAUAGACUACUUAUCUAAAGCAAACAUUUCCCAUGAGGACACAUUCAUAAACUGUUCCAAAUGACAUCAAUCUCCGAUCUACAUGGCACAAUACAAUUCCAUGGGUUGCAUGGCUCCAAGAACGCACACAAGACAAACAGUAUGCUGUACAACAUGUAAACAUGUAAUUUGGUGGGGUAACUUUCCAGGCAUUUCCUCCAAAAAUGACUGAAUUGAUGAGUUGGUUAUCAAAUCCCAUUGUUGCAUGCUUCAAAGUAAUCCAAACCAAGGAAGUUUUGAUGGUUUUCUGUGUGAGACGUUUGCCCACAGUGAUAAAAAGGUGGACUGAGCGCGGAUGGGUCGUGGGGGUAAGCCAUCAUGGUUAUGGUAUGUGAGCUAUUUGAUAAAUGCACAUUGCCAUAUGCACACUAUCACGAGCAGCAGGGGGAAAAACACCCCAUUUUACAGCUGACCGGGCUAGAGAGAGCCUUCUUGGCUACAUCAUCCUUUCUAAUGCACAAACACAAACAUACAUAUAGAUGCACACAUUCCUUUUGCUGAAUCUCAGAAAUUCUUCUUUCUUUUUUCUUCUUGUGAAAAACAGAUCUCUCUCUUUUGAAGGGUGGGGGGGAUGUUAAUUCAUAUAGAGUCUCUUUUUUGCAGUGUGAGCCAAUCUGUCCAUUGGGCGUGGGCUUCACGGCUACAGAGCCACUGGUAAAUGUAGUUCUUAAUGUGUCACAGCGGUGAGUGCACUGUUAUCUUUCAGAUUCAUUCUCUUCUGUUAUUGAACCCUACAAUGAUCACGUUUAACAGUAAACAGGAAAAGAAUCAGUUGACUAUCCAUCAUAUUUUGUUUUCAGUGACUUCAUAAGGAGAUAAUACGGUAAAGUUUUCUAUACUUGUUUGACAUUUCAAGUUUGUUAUGUCAUGGGUGGCUUCUUUUGGUAGCUACUUUGAUUCUUAUUUCCUUCAGACCACGCACACACACACAAUCUAUCUUCAGACCUUCCCUAUCCUCCACUUUGUGAAAACCCAAACUCACAUACAUACACAUUUACCCAUACAUGCACCCAUACACACACACACACACAUACACGCACACACUCACACACACAGAUACAUGCAUCUACAUUCACCCAACCUUUCUCUGUCUCGCUCCUAUUAACUUGAUUUGUCGUAAUUGACUUAAUGUGGCUAAAACGUUUUGCUCUGCAAGUCUUGCUCACGGCCUCUCCUCAAGGUCCAAUCGAACCUUGUGCCAUCUGCCGCCCCUCCUUCGAAGAGAGGCGACCGCCAUUUUACCUCCACUGUCAAGGCGCUGGAAAGGUUACUUAACCAAAGACGUGACAAUGACGUUGAACAUUCCGGGUCUGGUUGUCAUGGCCUUGUUUUACCUACUCAUUUUGGGAACUGGUAUCUGGGCAUCCAUGCGAUCUAGAAAAGAGGAGCGCAAAUGCACUGGGGAUGGCAUGGAGAUCACACUACUAGCUGGGCGAAACAUCAACUUCCUGGUGGGAAUCUUCACACUAACAGCUACGUGGGUCGGUGGAGGUUUCAUCCUGGGCAUCGCUGAGGCUGUGUACAAUCCCACUCUCGGUCUGGUGUGGGCCCUGAUGCCCGUGCCCUACGUCCUGACCUUCUUCUUGGGUGGCUUCUUCUUUGCCAAGCCGAUGAGGGCAAAUAACUACUUGACAAUGAUGGACCCCUUCCAGCUGAAGUAUGGAAACAUUCUCAGCAGCCUGCUUCUAUUCCCUGCCCUUGUUGGAGAUGUGCUGUGGGUUGCACGCACACUGGUCAGCCUAGGUGGGACGAUGAGUGUGAUUCUGGACCUUCCAUACAUCUACUCUAUUCUGAUCUCCUCUGUGGUGGCCAUCCUCUACACGCUGCUCGGAGGCCUGUACUCUGUGGCCUACACUGAUGUCAUCCAGCUCAUCCUCAUCUUUGUGAGCCUGUAUGUCUGUGUGCCCUUCAUGCUGACUAACCCCAUGUCAGUGGACAUCUCCAUCACGGCCUACAACGCCACCUUCCAGUCACCCUGGGUGGGCAAGUUGGAAACAUCUGAUGCCGGAAAAUGGAUCGAUGACUUCCUGGUGCUGGCUUUGGGUGGUCUGGCCUACCAGGCAUUCUACCAGAGAAUUCUGUCUGCGUCAUCCUACACACAGGCCCAGAUCACAUGCUUCACUUCAGCUUUUUUCUGCCUCAUACUCGGAAUCCCCUCCGUGAUUAUUGGUGCAGUGGCUGCCUCAACAAACUGGAACAUGACCAGCUAUGGCCUCCCCACCCCUUAUGAGCGUGGAGAGGCGGGGGCCAUCCUGCCCAUUGCCCUGCAGUACCUCACCCCCAAUUACGUCUCAAUCAUCGGGAUCGGAGCUGUGGCCGCCGCCGUCAUGUCCUCCAUGGACUCAGCUCUCCUGUCCUCUGCAUCACUUUUCUCCUCCAACAUCUACAAGAACAUCUUUAGAAAGCAGGCAUCUGACCGAGAGAUGCAGUGGGUGAUCAAGAUCAGUGUGAUUGUAGUUGGUCUGGCCGGCACUGGUCUGACGUUCCUGGACAACAGCGUUCUGGUCUUCUGGAUGGUGGGAGUGGACAUGUCCUACACUAUCAUGUUUCCCCAGCUUGUGUGUGUCCUCUUCUUCAAUCGCUCCAAUGGCUACGGGGCCAUCAGCGGCUUUAUGCUGGGGAUCGUACUGCGCUUCAUGAGUGGAGAACCACUGGUUAACCUGAAGCCUGUCAUUAAGUUCCCCGGUGGCCGCUUUGACGACAAGAACAACUUUGUCCAAUGCUUCCCCUUCCGUACCUUCAUCAUGGUGUCGUCUGUGUUGACCAUCAUCAUCCUGUCCUAUGUCACUUCAUACAUUUUCAGCAAAGGUCUUGUCCCCGAUCGCUACGAUCUCUUCAAGAUCAAGGAGCGCGCUAAGGCCUUAGUGAGGCCAGAAAAGAAGGGUUACAAAGAAGGGGAGAAAGUGCCCAGCGUGUCCAAGCAGCUUCUGGAGACCACCAGCUGUUAGAGUGGGGUGUCCAGAUCUGGCGAUGAGAGAAGAAAUUACAGUCCAUCUUGGAUGCUGGUCCACUCAAUCCACCCACAACUAAACCCAGCAAUCAAACAUAACACACAACCAACCAACCCGACAAACAAACGAUACAAGCAAAUUUCAUGAUUCUUUCUCAUCUUUGUGCAAAGAGGGGAAUAAGAUCGAUAGUGUGUCACAGUUCUCUGUUUUGAGAUGUGGUACAAACUGAGACUUCUGUUCUCUUUAAAAAUAGAGACUUUCAAAAGCAUGGUUUACUGAAAGGUGGGUUCAAAAUACAGACUUUCUAAAGUAAGGUUUACUGAAAGGUGGGAAGGUCAGCCUAGAACCUUACUGUACCUCUUGGGCUGUGCUGGGAGGAAGUCAUUUGCAGUGGCAUUACAUAUGUGAGACUCCAACCGACAGCUUUGCUUGCACAGUCCUGAUCCUUCAUGCACAUUGCUCAGUGUGAAUGCCAGUGAGACUCAAUGAGUCACUCUAACAUUGACUCCAGCUUGAGCUUUAACAUGUGAGGUCCUCUCACAACUGAACUGAUAAAAAUUUAAAUUUGUUUUUGUUUUCUUUUCUUGUUAUUGGGUAGAACACAGAACGGCCAAGCCAAGCGAAACAGCUCAAAUGAAUCUUUCCAGCCGCGUUCCCUAGACAAACUCCCCAAGCCCUCAAGAAAAGAGUCUCCACAUAGUUGUGGACUGUUAUUCGCUGCAGGACUCUGGCCCUGGAGUUGAAAGCAAUCUAAUAAAUCGAGUGAGAGACAAGAGGCGGCCAGAUAUCCCUACUCACCCUAUGCAGUCAAGAAAAGCAUGGCUACAAUAACAGACCAUACACAGCUUAAGAGUAGUGUUUUGUACAGUAUACUGUAGUUUAACUAUGGUCAUAUGUAAAGCGGUAGUUUACAAAGGGAUCUUUGUUUCGGUCCCAUCUUUAUUUAUGUUUUUAUAUUCAGCCAAGCGUAUUGGUGGCUAGUGUGUCUAGCAACACAAGCCAUUCAGAGACGGGCUAUUGUUUAUAUUGUUCAUUGACAUCGAUACAUUUAUUUUUUGUAACUAAACUGUAUCAUGAAAUAUAAUUGUGUAUGCACAUUUAGAGAUUUUGUUGUUUAGUUUAUAUACUGUGAUCCAAAUAAUCAGCCUCUUUCCACCAAAGUGCUAGACUGUAGACCUACCGAUUGUACUUUUACUGAUUCUACCUUAAAUGCAACAUGUUAAACAAGUUCUUCCUGUGUGACCCAUCAGAUGAUUUAUUUAUGUAACCGUAGAAAGGAAAGACUAUUCUAUUUCUCUAUUGGGUUAUUAUUAGUCAAAGUAAUUGAUCAUCUCAAGAGUGCAACAAGUACAUGUAAAACAUAUGGAAGCAGGCCAAAAAUAAUUUGAUGGUGCACUCAUUGUUCCCAUGAUCAGCGGCUACAUAUUAAGAAUCCUCAAAAACCCUUCCCAACCCCCCCCCCAAAAAAAAAAAAAUCUUGAUCAAAAAAAGCAGCACUCAAUGACAUUCAUGUGUUCAAUUUACUGUUUUUCAAAACAGUUUCUCCUUUUUUUAACCAUGGUAGUUAAAGCUCCAGCAAUAAUGUUUCCCCCUGGUGUGAUUUCAAAAAUGUAAAAUGCAUCUACGUGUUUAUACACACACACACACACUUGUUUUAGGGGGGAAAGGGGCUCAUCAGUAUUUGUACUUUUAUGCAUGUUGGACUUAAGGGUACUCAUGUCUGUGGCAGUCUUAUACAUGCCGGACUGAAUCCCUAUGGGGUUGUUGAUGGAAUAAAGGUUGAUUAAAAGUUA